AUGUCAUACAAUCCGUUCACACAGCAAGCCCAGCAACAAGCCCAGCAACAGGCACAACAAGCCCAGCAACAGGCACAACAAGCCCAGCAACAGGCACAACAAGCCCAGCAACAGGCACAACAGGCACAACAGCAGGCACAAUAUCAAUUCAUGCAGGAAGCUCAUUUCACCCAACAUCGUAUCCGCGAACAGCUAGAGAGCCAAAUUAUCAUUACCGCCCAAGCUCACAACGGUCGCGGCAGUCGCUACGACACCUACUCGGUGCAAAUUGCGCGCGCACCCGAACGUGAAGACCCCAACUACAAAGCCGUACUCAUUGGGUAUCUCAUAGAAGACUACAUUGACUGGGAAAUCAUCCUGAUCACCGAAUGCUACCACACAAGUGAGCUUGAGGCGAUUGAGAACCUGUCAGGCAUGAUGCAGUGCCUUUUCCACAUGGAUUUAUAA